CCAAGAUUAGCAAAAACGAAAAAGUAUAAAUACCUAGAAAUCUCUGAAACUCUGAAACCAUUGCUAUUUCGUUUCUCCUCUUCACACUUCUCGUCUCUUCGCUCAUUGACGACGCGCUCUCUCGGCUAGUUUGCGACGGUCGUUUCACCUCGCUUAUUGGCUUCCAUUGAGUGUUGUGGAUAUGAAAGUGGCAAGGUUCAAAGGGACUGAACGGGUCAUUGGGACGAAAACAUGCAUCUAUUGGCUCAAUGGAAGAUGCAAUAGAAAUCAUUGUAGGUUUUUGCACGGUGAAUCACCAUCAUACGCGUCAACUAAUUCUUGGAAUCAUAAUGAAAGGAAGGGACGUUUCUCUUCGACAUCGUAUCAUAAUGCAAAGAAGGGCCUUCCCAAAGAUGAUACUAAAACUCUUUUAAAUGGAAAGAUUGGAGAUGACAAGCUGCCACCCAAACAUAACACUAAGACUAUUCUGAUUAGAAGGACCAUGGAUGACAAGUUGCUUCCCAAACAUGAAGCUGAGAAUUUCUUAAAUCGAAAGAUUGGAGACGAGAAGUCGCCUCCCAAACAUGCUACUGUUGGAGAUGGCAGAGAGAAGACGCGAGUUGCUAAGGUUUCUCCAAAGCAUAUCUGCAAAUAUUGGAUGAAUGGCGAUUGUGUUCAUGGUGAACAGUGCCAGAAUUUACAUUCAUGGUUUUAUGGUGAUGGCUUUGCCACAUUAGCAAAGCUUCAAGGACACAAGAAGCUUGUCACUGGAAUUGCACUUCCACAUGGAUCAGACAAACUUUAUUCUGGCAGCACUGAUGGGACACUUCGGACAUGGGACUGUCUUACUGGUCAAUGCACUAAUGUGAUGAAUCUUGGUGCUGAAGCUACCUCUUUGAUCAGUGAGGGUCCAUGGAUUUUUGUUGGUCUGCCUAACACUGUCAAGGCAUGUAAUAUUCAGACUGAUUCACAGUUAACUCUUGCUGGACCUAACGGACGAGUCCUUGCCAUGAUUGUUGGCAAUGAUACACUCUUAGCAGGAGCAGAGGACGGUGUAAUUUCUGCAUGGAGAGGCAGUUCUAAACCCAAUUCCCCUUUUGAACUGGUUGCAUCACUAUGUGGUCACACUAAAUCUGUUGUUUGCCUGGCUGUUGGAUGUAACAAGAUGUUAUACUCAGGAUCCAAGGAUCAAAGCAUUAAGGUUUGGGAUCUAGACACAUUUGAGUGUAAAAUGACACUCAACGCACAUACAGGCGAAGUCAGGUCCCUUAUUUGCUGGGACAAUUUCUUGUUAUCUGGUUCAUCAGACUGCACUAUCAAGGUCUGGUAUAAAACUGUUAAGGAAACUUUGGAAGUUGCAUAUUCACACAAUGUAGAAAAUGCCGUUGUUGCACUCUCUGGGAUGACUGAUCCAGAAAAUAAGCCUAUAUUGCUCUGCUCUACUAGUGACAAUUCAGUUCGCCUCUAUGAACUGCCAUCAUUUGCAGAGAGGGGUAAACUGUUUGCGAAACAAGAAGUUGGAUUAAUUGAUAUAGCUCCCGGUGGACUCUUCUUCAUCGGAGACAGAACUGGUUUGCUGACUGUCUGGAAAUGGUUGGAAAAUCCCAAGGUUGCAAUAUCCUCUUGAGUCAUGACAGUUUUUCCCCCUCCUUUUGCUUUCUUCCACCAACUACUUAACACUGUUGAUGUAAUUCCAGUGAUCCUUUCAGCGUUAGGCAGGAGGUCACACAAUUCAAUUUAUUCUUUUGGCCAAUCAUUCGAGAAUGCUAAUUGUAAAAGCAAGUAUGUAUAUAUUAAACAGAGCAAUUUCAAUUCCAUUCUUUGCUCUGCUGUUAGUUAGAGACGUAGAGGUACUUAUUGUAAACAAAUAAUAUUAAAUAGAAAAUUUCAAUUCCGUUUUUUC